AUGCAGUGUAUUCAGAUCAGGACUCGGCACAAAGAUCAAAGUGACACAUUAGCUAGACCAAGGUGCUCAUCCUGUCGGCAAGAAAAAGCGCCUGUGCUAUUCGCUUAUUUCGCCUCCCUCGAUGAAGAAGUGCUUUCUUCGUUAGACUACUCUGCCUCGGCAGCCCCGAUUGUUGUCGUAAGGAAACCAAAUGUGACACUACGGCUCUGUGCUGAUUUUUCUACUAGAUUUAGUGGAUUAAACAAUGCUCUGAUGCUAUCUCAACAUCCGGUGCUAACUCCGGACGACGUUUUUACGAAACUAAACAGUGGCACAACAUUCGCACAAAUCGACUCCGCCGAUGCUAUCUUCAAAUCGGAGUCGAUGACGAGGCGAAGUAGCCAGUAA